AUGUGGGAAAAUGGCACGUACCCCCCUGGCGAGAACUUUCCUAACCAUUCAGCCUCUUUGCAGUGUGCUGCUGAAGCCCAGUUCCAGCACCUGCUCCUGCCCAUCACGUACAGCCUGGUUUGCGCCCUGAGCUUGGCCUCCAACACUGUAGCCUUGUGGAGCAGCUGGGCAACCCGGGCCCAGGCACCCCCAAUCAUGAUUUUCACCUACAACCUCAUUGUCAUUGACCUGCUGUUUGCCCUGUCACUGCCAUUACAGGCUGUGUACCAUGCCAGGCACAAUGACUGGCCCUUUGGCGAAGGCCUGUGCAAGGCCACCAACGCCCUCUUUCUGGCCAACAUGUUCAGCUGCACACUUUUCCUGGCCUGCAUUUGCCUGGAACGCUACCUGGCCGUCAUCCACCCCAUUCUCUACCUGCGCCUGCGGUGGCCCCUCUACCGUGUGCUGAUCUCUAUGGCUAUCUGGUCUGUGGUUGGGAUCGGGCUGCUGACCCUCUUCUCCAAGAGCACCGUGACCCAUCGCUUCCCCAACGGGAAUACAGCCUGCAUGGAGCACUUCCCAGCUCGUGUCUGGAGCGGAGGCCUGGCCGCCAUGGUUCUGGCCUCCUCAGUGCUGGGCUUCUUCCUGCCUUUCCUCACCAUCAUCAUCUGCUCCAUCAUGAUUGCCCGGCGCAUCGUGAACCUGAGCCAUGGCUCAGCCCAAGCUUCUUUGCUGCGGAGGAACCCACUGCACACCCUCCUGAUGGUGACCACCCUGCUCACCGUCUGCUUCCUGCCCUUCCAUAUCAUCCACAUCCUGCACACACUGGGGCGGAUUGGGGUCCUGUCCGCUCCCCGGCUGCUGCACUUCACUUGUUCAGCCCAGCGGGCUGCCAUGGCCCUGGCUAGCAUCAACAGUGCUCUUGACCCUCUGGUGUACUACUUCAACAUGAAGCCUGCCAACUGGAGGCUGCCCUGCUGUGGCACAAGCAGCCAGAACCUUGUGGAUUCAGGCAAUCUUGCGGGAGAGGGCCUCAGGAGCAUGAGCUAGCUGGAGGUCCUACCUAGGAUCCACAGCAUUGUCUGACUUCUAGUGGAGUGCUCAACACCAGCACCA